UGGAACGCAUUCUGUUUGUGUUUGUACAAAACAUCAAAACUGUAAACUUAUGUUCAGUGGAGCUAAAUUGGAAACUGUGACAAAUGGAGAGAUGAAGCACUACCGUGACUGCCUUGCUGCAAUUCAGUGCAACCCACCACGCACUGAAUGUUUCCUAGAUAAAUGUGACGAAUGUCCAGGAACAAGUGACCUUAGAGAUAGGCUUGAGACAUAUUUUGAGGACAACAUGAUUGACCAGAUUGAGUACAAGCAGUGGACAACAACCGACCGUUCAACACUUGAAACCAAAAUUCAGACAGUGGAUGACUUUUUGGAUUCCUUCAUGGCUACUCUCCGCAAGUUACUACGUCAUGACUUCAUUGCCAAACAGCAGAGUCACUUUCUCCAACACACUAAAGCCAACAUGGAACCAGGCGAAAUCUUGGUCAUUGCAGAUUUUGCAGAAAAUUACAGUUUUGUAGUUCAGGAUGCUGCCCAGUCAUUCCACUGGAACAAUCUACAGGCUACAAUUCACCCCUUUGUGUGCUACUUCCAACAAGAAGGCAAACUUAAUGAGCACCUAAGCUUUGUCGUCAUCUCAGACUGUAAUACCCAUGAUACUGUGGCAGUGCAUCUGUUCCAGAAAUUGCUCCUUCAAUUUCUCACUAAUAAGAUUGAAAGUUUCAAGAAGAUAUUGUACUUCUCAGAUGGUUGUGCUGCUCAGUACAAGAACCUUAAGAACUUCAUCAACUUGUGCCAUCACGAAGAGGAUUUUGGUGUACCAGCAGAUUGGCAUUUUUUUGCAACCUCCCACGGGAAAGGCCCAUCUGAUGGAAUUGGAGGAACUGUUAAACGCCUUGCAGCAAGAGCUAGUCUCCAGCGACCUUUGGAUCAGCAGAUUAUGACCCCAUGGCAGCUGUAUGAAUUUGCUACUUCUCAGAUAAAGAGUAUUGACUUCGCUUUUGCAACAACAGAGCAAUACAAGAAUGAAACGGAUAUUCUCAGGCAAAGAUUCCAAAUUGCACGUACCAUUCCAGGAACACAAAAGCUGCACUGUUUUUGUCCGAUGUCUAGAGACAAAAUUAAGGUGCGUGAUUUUUCCUCCUCCUCAGACUCAAGGGAGGAACCAGUUUGUCUCCAAGUCCAUGGACAAACUGCAUGUAUUGAUUUUGCAGAUAUCAAGGGGUAUGUUACAGUGAUGUAUGACUGUUACUGGUGGCUAGCAUGUGUUCAGGAGAUCCUUCCAGCAUCCCAAGAAGUGGAACUGAGUUUCCUUCAUCCCCAUGGGCCAUCUCCAUCUUUCAAGUUCCCCUAUCGACCAGACACACUUGUAAUUCACGGAAUGGAUGUACUAACAGCAGUGGAACCGGUCACUGAAACAGGACGCAUAUACAAGAUCUCUGCCGAGGAGAUGAACACUGCAACACAGACUUUGGUUGAGCGAAAAAUGAAAGUAACGUAG